UCAUAUUAAUGAGAGGGCGGAGCCUAAGAUCUGGUUGCCGCUGACAGCUGAGAAGAGUCGCCGGGAGAGAGAGAGUCGGGCUGGAGCACAAUCACUGGGACUGACCCAGGCAGGGAGAGCUUCCCACCCACCAACGAACAUCAUGUUUGGGAUGAGGACUGGGCCUGCUGAGCCCAGCUGAACUAGGAGCUGAACCAAGAGCGGAACCAGGAGCUGAAGCAGGAGCGGAACCAGGAGCCUGCACCCCAUUCCUGCCCGGGGAUCCCAGCUCUCCGCUCCGCUGGAAUAGAACCACUGACCCCCCAUAACUCUGCACCACUGACCCCCAUUCAUUCAGCCCCAUCUGCGCCCACUGCUGCUCACCCUUUAGCACCCCAUUUGGCACCCCCCUAGCAAUCCCCCCAUCUCUCCCCAUUCCUGACCCCACAGCCCCUCAUACAUUUCCCUUAUUCCAGCAUUUUCUCAACUUUAACCCCCACUAACAGGAAUAAUUAACUCAAUAAACUCAAUCAGACUGCCUCAGGCACCCAGUAGCACCCACAACCCUCCUACUACUUCCUCCCCUGCUUCCAGCCUGGGCAAUCCGAAUUACAAGGAUCUUGGGGUCCCCCUGCUCUUCUUCAUUUCCAGAUACUCAGCCACUGCCCCCUUUAUCAGUUCCAUUGUCAAUAUAUGAGCUGCAUCACAUAAAGCCACUACCCUAUUGUUCUUUUAAUAACCACUGUGCCCCCACAUAUUCACUGGGCACCAAACACCCACCCUGGUACUGCCCCUCUCACUGCAGUGUCCCCUGUCUCACACAUCUUGCACCCCCAAUUUACCACUGCACACUCUUUUCCCAGUCCGACCAGGACUUACUAAUAACUUGGGCUCCUCAUGAACUGUCAGCUUUGGUGACACCUCAUACAGGAUACGCAGGGUCACCUACCAAGAUGGAGAGUGCGGCCCUCCCGCAGGACAGAACCUUCCACAGUCCUUUCCUGGAGCUGGAAGACUUCAGUGAGGCUGAUUUCAUGAACAAUAUGCACUUUUCAGAAGCUCUUGAUGACUUCUCCAAUGAGCUAUUUAACAGUUUUUUCGAUGACCCGCCCUUACUCGAUCGAGACUCCCUACUCGACAUGGAUGUGGAGAGCCCAUCACCACCUAUCCAAGCUGAACACAGCUACUCACUGAGUGGAGACUCAGCCCCACAGAGUCCUGCGCUCACCAUAAAGGAGGAAGAUGAAGAAAGUCAGACUGAGCCCCCUAGCAGUGGAGUCUGGGCCCUGGAACACGAGAUCUGCUCCCUGUUGGUCAAACAGGAACACGGUCUAACUGCACAAAUCAACGCUGCGCACUGCAGCACCGCACUAGAACACGCCCAGGGAUCCAUGGGCCCCCAAGACGAGGAGAAUGUGCCCAGGACACCGAUAUCACACAUAAAAGCUGAACCAGGGAUGCCACAUAGCUUCAUAAAUGUGCCAGCAGAUGUUUUAGGGAUGAUGCCUCUUACCCCACCAAGUAGCCACAGCAGUGACAGUGAUGGCUCCCAGAGCCCCCGAUCUCUUCCGCCCCCAAGCCCAGCCCGUCCUGCCCCACGCUCUUCUCAUGCUAUAUCCUCAUCACCACUACUUACUGCACCCCAUGUGAGUGUUCCUUGUAAACUUCAGGGCACAUCUGGGCCCUUGAUGUUGACCGAGGAGGAGAGGAGGACCCUGGUCGCUGAGGGCUACCCCAUUCCCAUCAAACUCCCCCUUACAAAGACCGAAGAAAAGGCUCUGAAGAGAGUGAGAAGGAAGAUCAAGAAUAAGAUCUCAGCCCAAGAGAGCCGAAGGAAAAAGAAGGAAUAUGUAGAGUGCUUGGAGAAAAAGGUGGAAACCUUCACAUCACAGAACAGCGAGCUGUGGAAGAAAGUAGAAACCCUGGAGAAUGCCAACAGGUCCCUGCUGCAGCAGUUACAGAAGUUGCAGGCCCUGGUGACAGGGAAAGUGCCCAGGCCAUGUAAACUAGCUGCCACCCAGACAAGCACCUGCCUAAUGGUGAUGGUGCUGUGUUUUGUUCUUGCCUUUGGGUCCUUGAUCCCCUCCUUUCCAGAAUUUUCUUCAGGGUCCCAGACGGUGAAAUCAGCUCCUCUGCUGACACCCGACCUAUAUACCCAUAGCCAAAUCCGCUCCCGAAAUCUCUUGUCCUAUGAUGAGGUGCCUGGGGCAAUGGACGAGGGUCCUAAUUCUGUUUUAGGGUUGCAGAAGACUGACUGGGUUCCAGACGCAGCAUCUCUCAGCCAACACCCAGAGUACACCUCCCACGAGAGGGGCAAGUACCUGGGAGACAACCAGACAGAUGGAAGAUUAACGAGACAAGAAGAGGGGGGCAGAAGCUCAGAGUUUUUGUAGGGUCGGUCUGAGGGAGAGGAAUCCGGAGCUGACUGUGCCAAUAGGGAAGAGCAAAGAACCGCAGGGCGAUCUGGAUUAAAAGAGUGAGAAUUUCUGGAAACUGCCCCACCAGCACAGACCUCAGCCCAUCUGUCUCUGCAAAGCCACAACAUGAUACCGAGGAGGAAGAGUGUCCCCAACCUCAGAGAGCAAAGACUCAAGUAGCAACACUCUCAGCAUGGUGCUGGCACAAGUGCCCAUCAUGUUCCCAAACGGGCAGCACAUUGAGCGUAGAGGCUUGUACCGCUUCUGCCUAAUCUGCUUAUAAUUAGCAUUCCUCUUGGCCAACCCUUUCACUGCCAGACAGAACUAUGACGCCUGGAUGGCCCUUCUGGGUUUUUUAUUCUUCCACCAACCAAGGACUUCUACAGAGACGCCCACUCUGCCAGCCCUAUUGUCCAUCAGCCUGGGAGCCUCUCACGACCUCUGUGCUCCCUUCCCCAACGUUCAUUGGUUCCCUGUACAGAACACACCCAGAUUUCUGGAGAAGACAACAUAGUUAGUGCAAGCUUUAUAUCUUUCAGAGACCCUCUCACAGAUUUAUAUGCUCCUUACUCUCCUCUCCUCUUUGUGCCUGCUUCAGUCGAGCAAAAUUAAAAAUGAAAAAAAAUUAGCAUCAUCAACAAA